GUCAAUGUGCCAUUUCUAUAAUGGAGCCAACUAUUUUGGAUCAGGGUUGUUCACUCUGUGAUGUAACUUGUCGAAAUAGUAAGUUAGCCUAACUGGGAGGAAUCAGAUUCUACAAUUGAAUUACUAACAGUUGUAAACUUUAGGUAUUUUACCUAGGCAUAUCGAUUUCAAUUUACAUUUGUAAUUUAGCAGACACUUUUAUCCCGAGCAACUUAGUGCAUUCGUCUUAAAGCUAGGUAGAGUGGUGACACAGGUUGGUGACAGGUGUUCGGCUGGUCAGCAACUCCUGUGUGUUGUGGUCAAUGUAACAAACAGUACGAACAACACAUCCAGCGUCACCAUGGGCCAGGACAGAGGGAAGUAUGAUUUCUACAUCGGCCUGGGACUAGCCAUCAGCUCCAGCAUCUUCAUAGGAGGAAGCUUCAUUCUCAAGAAGAAAGGACUACUCCGCCUGGCCAGGAAGGGACAGUGUAGGGCAGGACAAGGUGGACACGCAUAUCUUAAAGAAUGUCUCUGGUGGGCUGGCUUAUUAUCAAUGGCGGCUGGAGAAGGGGCGAACUUUGCAGCGUAUGCCUUCGCUCCUGCUACUCUCGUCACCCCUCUGGGGGCCCUCAGUGUGCUGGUCAGUGCGGUGCUGUCCUCGUACUUCCUGUCCGAGCGUCUGAACCUGCACGGGAAGCUGGGCUGUCUGCUCAGUAUCUUGGGCUCUACUACCAUGGUGAUCCACGCCCCUCAGGAGGAAGAGAUCAACAGUCUGGACCACAUGGCUCGGAAACUGGUGGACCCAGGUUUCCUGGUGUUUGCCACCUUCGUCAUCAUCGUAGCGCUCAUCUUCAUCUUGGUGGUGGGCCCUCGGCACGGCCAGACCAACAUCAUGGUGUAUAUUACCAUCUGCUCUGUGAUAGGAGCUCUGUCGGUGUCGUGUGUGAAGGGGUUGGGCAUCGCCAUCAAAGAGGCCAUAGCUGGGAGGUCCGUGGUGGGGAACCCUUUAGCCUGGGUGUUACUGCUUGGGCUGGUGGCCUGCGUCUCCACUCAGAUAAACUACCUGAACAAGGCUCUGGAUAUCUUCAACACCUCCCUGGUCACACCCAUCUACUACGUGUUCUUCACCACCUCAGUCCUCUCCUGCUCUGCCAUCCUCUUCAAGGAGUGGGAGCACAUGGCUACUGCUGAUGUUAUCGGGACUCUGAGUGGGUUCCUGACCAUUAUAGUUGGUAUCUUUCUGCUCCAUGCCUUCAAGGACCUUAGUGUGAGCCUGUCCACGCUGGCGGUGUCCAUCAGGAAGGACGAGAGGCCCGGGCCGGCAGCUAACGGAGUGGCAACACACGGCAGCUACGAACUGCUGCGCAAUGACUCCACAGACAUGAACCUGGAGGAGAGGGAGGUGGGCCUGCCAUUUGACAGCCUGUCCAGGAGGAAUGGUACCAUGACAGCCUCUUAGAGGACCUAGCAGCAGACCCCCCCCUCCUACUGAGCCUCUUAGGACCUAGCAGCAGACCCCCCCCCCCCCCUCCUACUGAGCCUCUUAGGACCUAGCAGCAGACGCCUCUUAGAGGACCUAGCUGCCAGGUCCUGCAGACCCCCCCCCAUCCUACUGACAGCCUCUUAGAGGACCUAGCUGCCAGGUCCUGCAGACCCCCCCCCCCACUGACUGACUAGGAUUACGUCCCAAAUGGCACCCUUUCCCCUUUAUAGUGCAAUACUCUGGUCAAAACUAGUGCACUAUAAAGGAUAGGGUGCUGUUUGGGGACUUGCCUAGGACUACACUGGUGUGGAUGGUUGUUUUUUACAUUAAAACAACCAACUCUUGACUUAGAUGGACCCACUGAUUGUACUUGGAUUAGAUUUGCCUUCUGUUCUCUGACGACAUGGAGACAGGGGUUCAUCUCAUCCUCAGAAGCAGGCAAUAUUCAUACUAUGUUAUACAUUCUGUAUUUAAACCUGCACAGAGUUUCCUUCUACAAAUCAACAGCUUUGAUUUUGUAAUAUUCUUGAUGGAGAUCCCAGGUCAGAUUUUUAAUUUUGGCUCCAGUUCUGAGUUUGGCAGGUCAAUAAGGAUAUGUGGCACCUUAUUCCCUACAUAGUGCACUACCCCUAUGGAUCUGGUCAGAAGUAGUGCACUCUAGAGGGAAUAGGGGGUCAUUUGGAACGUAAACUGAUACGUGUUCUUAAUUGUGAUACCUGAAGAGUUAAAUCACCAACUGUUUUUUUUUGUAUCUUUUACAUAAAUGCAUUCAAGAACCAGACGAUAUUUGUUACAUAUUUAUUGAAUGAAAAUGAUUAAAAUAAUUCCAACACAAAAAGGCAAAGUGAAUAAAUGCUUUAUCAUUAA